AUGCGCCCAUUCCUCAGCCUCUUCGGCGCAGAUCCAGGCCUGGACCAUCUGCAUCCAUACGAAACCUCGUGGAUUCUGCCUCCCUAUUUUCUCGGUGGGUUGCGCGCCAUCAUCGGCUUUUACAUCUUUGUCUGCAUCGUUCUCAUCUUCGCCUGGGAUGCGACGCAUGACGCCAGCACCGCCAUUGCCCGGUCGUUCAGCUACUUCACCUGGCUGAAUUUCUGGGGCAUGGGCUUUUAUUUCAUUGUCGCAUCGAUCCAUACCUUUGUGUAUGCGGCGACCGGACGAUCGGCCAUUUUCGAUAGACUGCCUCGCGUCUUUCGCGGCCUUCAUGCUCUCUUCUAUACUUGCAUCACCACAUUUCCCUUUUUGGUCGUGAUCAUUUUCUGGGCUAUCCUGUAUUCAGGACCUUGGUAUCCAACCUGGUUCGGCGCUUGGAGCAAUAUUUCCCAACACGGCAUCAUCGGUCUCUACGCUCUACUCGAAAUCUUCCUAACCACCACCCCGCUGCAUCCGCUCAUCCACGCCCCCUUUCUCAUUCUGAUUCUCCUCCUCUAUCUCUCGCUGGCCUAUCUUACCCACAAGACACAGGGCUUUUAUAGUUACAGCUUCCUCGACCCGGGCCCCCAUGGCAAAAACAGCGGCAAAGUGACUGGAUACUGCUUCGCCAUUCUCGCUAUUGUUCUUGUCGCUUUUGCUCUGACUUGGCUAUUCAUCUGGUUGCGUCGUCGGUGGACGGGUGGGCGGAUCAAGCGCUCCAAGCGUGACCGUGAGUUGGUGUAUACUACUGAACGUGGAGCUUUCAGGGCGUCGCGCGGGGUUGAGAAGUAG